AUGAACGCGGUCCCCAUCCGUCAAGAUGCAACCGAUGAAGAGAAGGAAGACGCUACGAAGAGAGCUGAAGAGCAGUGGGAGAAGAUGGGCCGCACGGCCUCCUGGGGAUGUGCCUGGUACAAGCGCUGGUUCGAUCUCGUCUGCACGGCCGUUGAGAAGAAGCAGCGGCUGAAGGCAGUCUUCUUUCCUCGUCAGGUGGGUUACGGCAUUCCGAGCAUGGAGGACCUCUCCGACCGCGAGGUGGACCUCUGGGACGGGGUUGGAUGUGGUGGCUCGCAGAAAUCCGAGCUGGCAACGGCGAACCUCAUGCAGAAGCAAAGUCCGGGAUGGGAUUAUGAGAAGGUAGAUGUCACAGCAUUUCUCAAGGAUCAGUUUCCGCCGGGUGCCCAAGUGGAUGCUCUGCAUGAGACCGAAGCUGAUGUCAGAUGGCGCAAGGGCAUCGUGGUGAAGCAGAUGGAAAAAGUGACAAAAACCGAGUCCGGUGACGAGUCCACGGAGUUUUUCUGGCAGAUCAAAUCUGACGACGACUCUGGGGAGAUGUUUGAGGCCAGCCAAGUCCGACUCCUCAACGUGGCGGUUGAGCAGCUGCUGCACCGUUGGGGGGACGUCCUGGAGCCUGCCUUGCGCCGAUGCCUGGUGGAUAUGGAGCUGCGCCGUCCCUCCGCCUGCCGCCUCCGCAGCGGCACCCCGGCGCUGAGCAUCGGCAUUCAAAUUUCGAACGUCGAGGCGCUUCUUUCACUGAGAGAUCGCGUCUUGAGCGGCGACUUCGAUCGGAGCGUCAACGAAGGCCUCGCCAGCGGGGCUCCAGAGUUCAAGGUGAAGUUCGACAGGAGCCGGCUCUUCGAGCUCUACGAGGAUAGCCUCCUGGGGCUAAAGGAGUUGACCGAGCAUCAGCAGGUGAAGCUGAAAGAGAUGGAGGGCCUCGGUGAUGUCCAUCUUUCUGCCCCAGCGGGUGCCGGGAAGACCUUCGUUGCGGUGCAGCACGUCCUCGAGCAUCUCAACACCCAUCCCUCAGCCCGUCUGCUUUACGUCGCUCCCUCCGAGAGCCUCGGCCUCCACUUCCUUCGCUGGCUCUCUGUGCGACUUGCCUCGCGAAAGAAUCACAGCGAGCCGGCGCUAGUGGAAAGCAGGAUCAAGCAGAUACUUUCCAGAAUCACGCUGCUGCACAGCCCUUACAAACACUUUCAACUGCCCUCUUUGGAGGGUGAUCGCAUACUCCGACGUGUGGCCGGACCUGACGCAGAAAAGUGUGACAUGGUGGUCUACGAUGAAAGCCACCACAUCUUCUGUCUUCCGCCUGAAGAAAUGAGCUCGACACUACUCCCAAGCCUAUCGGCAAAGCGCCGGCUGCUUCUGUCAGAUGAGUCGCAGUCCGCUUCGGUGAGCCAGACCUAUCCAGACAUGGCCAGGGUGAAACUGUCGGAGGUGGUUCGCAGCACUAAACGCAUUGUUGCCGGUGCAGCCACGUUUCAGCUGAACACGCAGCGAGAUACCGCAGUGAGUUCCCUGGGCUCGGACGGACCGCCAUUAAAGACCUUCCUCUUCGACCCAGUAGGACAGGACCUGUUCAAGGUGUACGCGGAGCAUAUCAUAAAGGCGCUCUGGCAUGUUGCAAAGACGUUCCCUGACGUCAGCUUGCAUGGGCGCGUCGCCAUGCUCGUUCCAAACUCCGUCAUCUUAGACAAGAUAAAGCAUGUCUUGCAGAAAGACCUGAAUCGGGAGUUCCCUCAUCGCUCCCUGCGCCUCGUGAGUUUCGAGGAGUCUCUGAGCUGCUUGCCGGAGCGCCUCCUGGGUCGAAGCAAGCAGGUUCAGCAGGAGAAUAUUGUCCUCGAUACCGUGGAAAAUGCAGAUGGUUUGGAGCAGCUUGUGGUCAUAUGUGUGGAUUUGGAUGCUCCUGUCGAACGCAACCUGGAAGACUUACAGACACGCUCACGGCUGUACAGAGGUUUAACGCGAGCGCAACUCUUGGCUAUCGUGGUCAAUGCCAGGGUGAAAGGAGGUUGGCUGGAAUUUUUGGGAAUGGUGACAUUCUCCGAAUCUUCUGAUGAAGCCCUUGAAGACAAGGAGGCUGUCCCGAACAUCCAAGCUGCCGCGGGCAAAGCGCAUGAAGAAGCCUUGCAGAUCGUCGAGGCCCCAGACGCCAGCAGUGCCGACGUCGACGAGAGUGCUCAACCGGAGGAGAGCACUCUGCAGCUGAUACAAGAGACCUCGACGGUCUGGGAUACCAGUGGCAACACCAUGUCAAAGCCCACGAGUUUGCUCUUCAACCCGUUCUUCUCGGCAGAUAAGGCUCGCGCAGCAAAAACGCUGCAGGACAUCGGCAGUCGUAUCCUGGCUUCCUUGCAACGUCAGGGCCGGACGCUGGACGAGCUUUUUACCAGCUUGGCCAAGACUCACGACGACCAAGCGCUUCGCCGGGCCGACCUUGACGAGUUGUUCACGCGGCUUCAGCCUGACUUGCCAGAGUCGCAACUACACCUGCUCUGGCUGGCCUUCGAUGCCGAUGCCGAUGAUCGCAUUUCCCGCGAGGAGUUCAUGACGAAGAUGGCGGCGGUGGAUGGUUUCAGCGAGGCCGAGGUUUUGAAGCAGCAGACAGAGGGCAGUGAGAGCUUAAAGGACUCUUUCGAGAAGCUGAUCACACGGGUGAACCGGAUGAUGGACCUGCCUGCGCAGGCCGCAGAGCACCGGGCAAAGGAAGGGGCCGAAGCUGCCGGACCCAAGGAAGGCGGCUCCUUGCCACCGGGCUGGUCGCAACAUAGAGACCCUGCCACCGGCAAGACGUACUACUUCAACAUGAAGACCAAGGAGAGCAGAUGGGACGUGCCGACCACGUGA